AUGCGUGAUCUCAUCAUGCAGUGGGACACGAGCCUGUUUGCUCCGAACACAGGCUUGCUUCACAAAGUUCAUGACACUGUAAAUGAGCGACUCACGUCGGAAAUGGUGACUAUUGAGCCGCGUGAGCCUUCUCUGGCAGAUCAGUUGCAUCCUGACCGUUUCGGGACUGUGCGCUUCAAGCGAAAAGUGCGCUCACGUUAUGACCCCGUGCAAAAGUGGUGGGAACCGCUAGCCGAGGAAAUUUGUAUUUCAGAGCCGACACUGGUUAUGGUAGCCGGGGGUGAGCAGGUUCUUCGCGCUGUGGAAGAUGGAUCCUUGGCGGAUCGAAUCUCCACGAAUGUGCCGGACCACCCUCAGACGCAGCGCCUGCUUCUGAUCAUUGGACUCGAUACCCACCUUCGACAUUUGCGAAACCAAGCCAACCGUGCCUUUGCGGCAGGUGUGCGACAGCAGAUCCAAGGGCAAGGCAUGGCUACAGUGAUAAAGCAUCAUGAGCAGGCGGGUGAAAAAGUCGAGCGAGCACUAUUGCAGCUGCAGCUGCAGCAUCGAUGUCAUGUGGUCCGAGCCGUCACAGUCGACGAAGCGGCUGAAUGGCUGUAUGCGAUUGCUAGUGAUGUCUCGUUCCGACCCUACAACGAUGCUGGAGGAAAUUGUACGCACAUCCUACUGACCCAGCCGCGGUGUACCCCCAAUGUAUCGUCCGCCAUUGUGCACCGCUACCCUUCGCUGCGUUUGUUGCUUGAUGCAUUUGAUGCAUGUGUCCCUGAGGAAGCCCCACAGUUACUGGCCUCUUUGGUGUGUGAUGGCCGCACGCAGCGGUCGCUGGGUCUGCAGCUAUCUCGGCGUAUGUACAUGAAACUGAUGACAGGUAUCUAUGCGGUAUUUUCGAGUCAGGACGCUAAAGCGUCUCUGGAGUAG